CCAAUCAGGUGUUUAAGCACUAUAAAAAGGCAACAGGCAAGUUCACCUGUCUUCAACAAAAAUGGACAGUGUCGGAAGAAGAGGAAGAGUACGGAUGAGAGGGGGAAUCCGGAGAGAACAAGGUGGAGGAAGAGGGAGAGGAAGACCUAGAGGAGGGGUAGGACAUGCACAAAGAAGAAGACAACCAAAUCUGUGUAACGAAAUUCAUGCUACAAUUGUGGACCAUGUAAUAAACCACAGACUAACACUGAGGGAGGCUGGACUGAGAGUACAGCCUAACCUAAGCAGGAACACAGUGGCAUCAAUAGUUGGGACAUUUCGUCAAGAGCACAGGAUUGAACGUCGAGAACACCAAGGAGGGAGGCGCCGUAUAUUCACACAGGAGCAAGAAAGAGAGAUCAUAAACCUCGUUUUGGCCAAUAAUGCAAUCAGACUUCGAGAAAUUCAAGCCCAUAUUGUCAAUGAUCACCAAAUUUUCAGUAAUGUCCUACAGGUCUCUCUGUCACCAACAGGCCGUAUCCUUAAAAAACAUCAAGUUGUGAUGAAACAAUUGUAUAAAGUGCCAUCUGAAAGAAAUUCAGACAGGGUGAAAGUCCUGCGGCGUGACUAUGUGGCGAGAGUUUUGCGAAUGGAUGCGGAAGAAGUCCCGCAUGAGUUUAUAUACGUUGAUGAAGCUGAAUUUACAGUAACCUGACAACAAUGAGAAGAAGGGGAAGAAACAUCCUUGGCCACAGGGCUAUUGUCAAUGUACCAGGGCAACGUGGGGGUAACAUUACCCUUUGUGCUGCCAUUACACAGAAUGGGGUCCUCCACCGCCAUGCCAACUUGGGUCCUUACAACACUGACCUCAGUCUUACAUUUUUAGACCGAUUACACAAUAUUAUCGCAGCAGCAAACCAAAGGGACCUGAUGCAAUACAUUGCCAUCUCGGACAAUGUGGCUUUCCAUCGUUCCGCCCAGGUCCAAAACUGGUUUCAUCAACACCCACAAUUUACAGUUCACUACCUUCCACCAUACUCGCCCUUCCUAAACCCCAUCGAAGAGUUCUUUUCAGCAUGGCGGUGGAAGCUUUAU